UCCUCUCGCUCUCAUCUCCCAUCGCGCCGAAGCCGAGUACCAUCACGUCCUCUCCUUCUCUCUCAGAUUCUGUACAUGCCAAUGCAUUAAGUGGCCCAUCAGGUCACACUCUCCCAACCCUCUGCUAUGCAUUCGCUCUGAUAUGUAUCACAGUCUUGGCGCACACCGCCUCAUUUACCGAGCUCGAAUCGCAUACUUUGUCAAAGCUGGUCUCAUCGACCAAGCCAUCCAAGUGUUCGAAGAAAUGUCUCAAUCAAAUUGCCGCAUAUUCAGCAUCGACUACAACCGUUUCGUCGGCGUAUUGGUCCGUGAGUCUCGCUUCGACUUGGCCGAGCACUACUACCACAAAAUGAUCCCCCAGGGAUUCUCUCUAAUCCCAUUCACAUACUCAAGGUUCAUUUCUGGGUUGUGCAAAGUCAAGAACUUUAGUCUCAUUGAGCAGCUCCUAGAAGACAUUGUUAGGCUUGGUUAUGUCCCUGACAUUUGGGCCUUUAAUAUAUAUUUGAAUCUUUUGUGUCACGAAAAUGGUAUAGAAUUGGCUUUGCAAGUGUUUUAUAGAAUGGUUGAGAAAGGUAGAGAGGCUGAUGUUGUAACAUACACUAUACUAAUUGAUGGAUUGUGUAAAGCAAGGCGGUUUGAUGCCGCAGUUGAAAUGUGGCGUGACAUGAUAGAUAAGGGGAUUAGUCCGGAUAAUAAGGCGUGCACAUCACUUGUUAUUGGGUUGUGUGAUGGUGGGAAGGUUGAUUUGGCGUAUGAGCUUACGAUUGGUACAAUGAAGGGUCGAGUUGAGUUUAGUAAUUUGAUUUACAAUGCAUUGAUUAGUGGGUUUUGUAGAGCGGGUAGGAUUGAUAAGGCACAAGCAAUCAAGUUGUUUAUGAGGAGAAAUGGGUGCGAGCCAGAUUUAGUUACAUACAAUGUGUUAUUGAACUAUUGUUGUGAUGAGCUUAUGUUGGAGGAGGCAGAGAAGUUGAUGAAAAAGAUGGAGAGGAGUGGGAUGGAACCGGAUGUGUACAGUUACAACCAAUUUUUAAAGGGCCUUUGUAAAGCAAACCAGCCGGAUAAUGCUUAUUGGUUGAUGGUGAACAAGAUGGAGGCAAAGGGUUUGUGUGAUGUUGUAUCAUAUAAUACGAUCAUCAGAGCUUUUUGCAAGGUGUGCCGGACAAGAAGGGCUUACAAGCUAUAUGAGGAAAUGGGACGGAAAGGGAUUGCACCAGAUAUGGUGACAUUCACGAUUCUUAUUAAAGCUUUUCUUAGUGAAGGUAGUUCCGAUAUAGCAAAGAAACUUCUUGAUCAGAUGACGGGCAUGGGUCUGUUGCCUGAUCGUAUAUUUUAUACUACAAUAGUUGAUCACCUAUGUAAGACUGGGAAGAUUGGGAUGGCUCAUAGUGUUUUUUGCGACAUGGUGGAGAAGGGAAUUGCCCCUGACGUAGUUUCAUACAAUGCCCUCAUUAAUGGGCUUUGCAAAGCUUCUAGAGUAAGUGAAGCCAUGCAUUUAUACGAGGAAAUGCAGAUGAGAGGAUCCUAUCCUGAUGAAGUAACUUUCAAGUUGAUAAUUGGAGGGCUUAUACGAGAAAAGAAGCUUUCAUUGGCUUGUAGCAUAUGGGAUCAAAUGAUGGAGAAAGGCUUUACUCUUGACGGAGUAGUUUCAGAGACACUAAUAAAUGCCAUCCAUUCAAGAGAUGCCACUUGAACAUG